GAUACAGGUGGUGCAGCGGUCGGGCAGUUGCCAGUGGGAUGGUCGGUCCCGGGAGGCGGCGGCGUCGUCGGUACAGACAGAGAGGAGAUUGGAGGGAAAGGUAUUUGGCAAAAAAAAUUUUGGCACGGGUACUUUUUUGAAUAAGUAGACAGUACGGGUGCCUAUUGGAAAUAAGUAAAAGGGCUUCCUGGGAAUUUUGCCAAAACAAGUUCCAGUUGUUCUAUAAGCAAGCAUCUCCUUCGUAGUUCAUUCCAAUCUCGCCACUGCUCCUCCCUUCGCUCCUUUCUCAACCUCGAAUGGCGGCGGAAAACCCAAGCACCAUGAAGGCCGUACAGUACGAUACCUACGGGGAAGGUGCCGCCGGCCUCAAGCAUGUUGAGGUUCCUAUUCCUUCGCCCAAGAAAAAUGAGGUUUUGUUGAAGUUGGAGGCAGCUGCUCUAAACCCAAUUGACUGGAAAAUCCAGAAAGGCAUGCUCCGCCCGUUUCUGCCACCCAGAUUUCCAUUUACCCCAGUUUGCGAUGCUGCUGGAGAAGUUGUACAAGUAGGUUCUUGGGUCAAUUCCAUUAAGAAGGGAGACAAAGUUGUUGGGAUAAGCUUUAAAAAUGGCGGUGGGCUUGCCGAGUUUGCUGUAAUAACAAUGGGUGCAAUGGCCAUUAUUCCGUCUGAGGUUUCACCAUCCGAAGCUGUAGGCCUACCAAUGGCAGGCCUGACUGCUCUCCAGGCACUCCAGGCACUGAAGGCUAUUGGGGUUAAAUUUGAUACUCCCAACAAGUCAUCCAAUAUUUUGAUAACAGCCGCCUCUGGUGGUGUGGGGCACUAUGCUGUCCAGCUUGCCAAGUAUUCAGGACUCCAUGUUACAGCAACAUGCGGUGCACGCAAUAUAGAACUGGUAAAGAGUCUAGGAGCAGAUGAGGUUGUGGACUACAAGACUCCAGAGGGUGCGAAACUGAAGAGCCCAUCAGACAAGAAGUACGAUGGAGUCAUCCACUGCGCCACCAAUAUUCCCUGGUCCACUUUUGAGCCCAACUUGAGCAGCAGUGGCAAGGUCAUUGAUGUAACUCCCGAUUAUACAAGGAUAGCUACUUCCAUUCUGAAGACGAUCACAAAUACAAAGAACAAGCUAAUACCACUGUAUAUGGUACCAAAGUCCAGCGACCUGCAAUUCUUACUCAAUUUGGUAAAGGAAGGUAAGCUCAAGACAGUCAUCGAUUCCGCAUAUCCAUUAAGCAAAGCAGAAGAGGCCUGGGCCAAGAGCAUCAGUGGUCAUGGUACAGGGAAGAUCAUUAUCCAAAUAUGAGCCAGUUAUCAGUUACCAUUCUGUCUCACUAUACAUGUAACUAGGCAUGCUAUCUUUGCUCUGGUCGCUUACUACAACGUCCUCUCUUCAAAUCCAUGGUGAGUAAACUGUUGAAUUUUCUGUUCUUUGUAUAUGGUCAUGCAUUAAUACUUCGAGUGAUGUUAAUUCAGGCUAUCUGGUGUAUAGGACACUCAUUUCAUUCUUCCUCUUAAUAAAACUACAAAUGUAUGCUCUGGCUGAUCUAGCUGUGCCAAAGUAACCAAUACUUCUUUCAACACAUCAAAGUUAAGUUGCUUAGUAUACAGCUUCCUGCUAAAUUCCUUUAGCCUUUAGAAUUUAAAAGAACGAGUCGACAUGCCCGACCCAAUUGUUGCAUUACACCCAUUGAAUCUUUGCAUCCCGGUCAUUGAUUAGGGGCCUCAU